ACCAUGGGAAUAGAGGACGACGUCACUCAGGACUUCCGCGGCGUACCUAGGGGUCCACCGCGAGCAUGGACGGAAAGGCGGCUUUGCCAUACCUACGCAUGCGCACUCCCUGCCCCUCCUUCCUGCCUUAAAUCUCGCUGGUGCCAGGGCUCUUCAGCCGCGACCUCUCGGUUCAUCCCGUCGAAACUGCUCCCUGGGGAGGAGAGUUGAAAAAGAAUCGAGCGAGCGACAGCCAAUCCCAAGACAUUACGACGCAACCAAGAUUGAUUGACUAAAUCCUCUCCAGCCAAUGAGAGAGCGCUACUCUCCCACGUCAUAGUUUGCCCCACCCUAUUCCCUCCUUUCUGGACCCCGACCUCAGUUCGCGCAGUAACAAAUGAAGUGUGCGCUGCGACACCUCCCAGCUCGCCAGGCUCAGCCGCCAUUUCCUCUCUCGGCCUAACGGUUCGGCCAAUCCCAGCACACAUCGAGAAAAGCUACAGACCAGCCAAUCGGAGGCCGCCGAUCCCGACCCCCGAGCCUUGGCCCGGUCCAAUCGAGGCCCCGGCCCCGCCGCCACCGGCCCGCCCCCGCGGUGCCGUCUCUCCUCCCUCUUUGUGCGUCUCCCGCCGCCGCCGCCGUCGUCCGCCGCGUGAGAGGACGGCUCCGCGGCAGCGCAGUCGGGCCCCCCUCCCCCGCCCCGGAAGAUUCGCGAAGGAGAAGCCGUCGCCACUAAGGAAAAGGAGUCGCCGGUGCCGGUCCCAGGGGCGCCAUGGCGACCGGAGCGAACGCCACGCCGCUGGACUUCCCAAAUAAGAAGCGGAAGAGGAGCCGCUGGAACCAGGACACAAUGGAACAGAAGACAGUGAUUCCAGGAAUGCCUACCGUUAUUCCUCCUGGACUUACUCGAGAACAAGAAAGAGCUUAUAUAGUGCAACUGCAGAUAGAAGACCUGACUCGUAAACUGCGCACAGGAGACCUGGGCAUCCCCCCUAACCCUGAGGACAGGUCCCCUUCCCCUGAGCCCAUCUACAAUAGCGAGGGGAAGCGGCUUAACACCCGCGAGUUCCGCACACGUAAAAAGCUCGAAGAGGAGCGGCAUAAUCUCAUCACGGAGAUGGUUGCGCUCAACCCUGAUUUCAAGCCACCUGCAGAUUACAAACCUCCGGCAACGCGUGUGAGUGACAAAGUAAUGAUUCCACAAGAUGAGUAUCCAGAAAUCAACUUUGUGGGGCUGCUUAUUGGGCCCAGAGGGAACACCCUGAAGAACAUAGAGAAAGAGUGCAACGCCAAAAUUAUGAUCCGAGGGAAAGGGUCUGUGAAAGAAGGGAAGGUUGGGCGCAAAGAUGGCCAGAUGUUGCCAGGGGAAGAUGAGCCGCUUCAUGCCCUGGUGACCGCCAACACCAUGGAGAAUGUUAAGAAGGCAGUAGAACAGAUAAGAAACAUCCUGAAGCAGGGUAUUGAGACCCCUGAGGACCAGAACGAUCUACGGAAGAUGCAGCUUCGGGAGUUGGCGCGAUUGAAUGGGACACUUCGGGAAGAUGACAACAGGAUCUUGAGGCCCUGGCAGAGCUCAGAGAGCCGCAGCAUUACCAAUACCACGGUGUGCACCAAGUGUGGAGGGGCCGGCCACAUUGCCUCAGACUGCAAAUUCCAGAGGCCUGGUGACCCACAGUCAGCUCAGGAUAAAGCACGUAUGGAUAAAGAGUAUUUGUCCCUCAUGGCUGAGCUGGGUGAAGCGCCUGUCCCAGCAUCUGUGGGCUCCACCUCUGGGCCUUCUGCCACACCCCUGGCCAGUGCACCUCGGCCUGCUGCUCCUGCCAGCAACCCACCUCCACCGUCUCUCAUGUCCACCACCCAGAGUCGCCCACCCUGGAUGAAUUCCGGCCCUUCAGAGAGUCGGCCCUACCAUGGCAUGCACGGAGGUGGUCCUGGUGGACCAGGAGGUGGCCCCCACAGCUUCCCACACCCAUUACCCAGCCUGACAGGUGGGCAUGGUGGACAUCCCAUGCAGCACAACCCUAAUGGACCCCCACCCCCUUGGAUGCAGCCGCCACCACCACCGAUGAGUCAGGGCCCCCACCCACCUGGGCACCAUGGCCCUCCUCCAAUGGAUCAGUACCUGGGAAGUACGCCUGUGGGCUCUGGGGUCUAUCGCCUGCAUCAAGGAAAAGGUAUGAUGCCACCGCCGCCUAUGGGCAUGAUGCCGCCGCCGCCGCCGCCUCCCAGUGGGCAGCCGCCGCCCCCUCCCUCUGGUCCUCUUCCCCCAUGGCAACAGCAGCAGCAGCAGCCUCCGCCACCUCCUCCGCCCAGCAGCAGUAUGGCUUCCAGCACCCCCUUGCCAUGGCAGCAAAAUACGACGACUACCACCACGAGCGCUGGCACAGGGUCCAUCCCGCCAUGGCAACAGCAGCAGGCGGCUGCCGCAGCUUCUCCAGGAGCCCCUCAGAUGCAAGGCAACCCCACUAUGGUGCCCCUGCCCCCCGGGGUCCAGCCGCCUCUGCCGCCCGGUGCCCCUCCCCCUCCGCCGCCUCCGCCACCUGGUUCCGCCGGCAUGAUGAUCCCUCCCCGCGGCGGCGAUGGCCCGAGCCAUGAGAGUGAGGACUUUCCGCGCCCAUUGGUGACCCUUCCAGGCAGACAGCCUCAGCAGCGCCCCUGGUGGACAGGAUGGUUCGGCAAAGCAGCCUGAGUAGUUUUUGUGGACGGAAUCGGAACACGCUGGCUCCAUGUCGUGAAAUUUUUAUUAAUUUUUUUCUUUUUCUUUUGUUGUUUCCUCAUCUCUUCCUUUCUUCAGACUCCGUCCAAGGAGAUGCUCUCCCCGGUCUUCUGCUGCAAUUAGAUUCCUUUCCCUCCUUUCCAGUCCUCAGUUCUGCCCUUGCCAAGGAGAGGGGAGCAAAUGGUUUUAGGCACAGGCUCUGGCUGUUAGUGUCCACCUAGCAGUGACGGGGCUCUUUUGGUUCGCAGUUUUUCAGGGUGCCAGUGCCACCCCAUAGAUGUUUUGAUGAGUUUGGGGUUUUUAAUCUUUGCCACCCUGGUACAGGGUCUUGUGAAGUGCAGAAGGGGGCUAUUCUCCAAGGUUCCGGGGUCCACAUUUAUUCCGGCACCCCUGCCAGCAAUAGGUAGGGCAGCCACCUCAGGCUUGCCUGCCAGCCACCCCAGCAUUCUCUCCUGCCUCCCUGACCACUGCGGCCUCAGGUUCCAUUUAUUUCUCUCUUUCCUGGAAGGGUUCCCUUUAAAUUUUAUUUUUAUCCUAAACAUCUGAAUGUUUUGCAGUGUCUAAGGGUUUGAGCCCCUUAUUCUUCAUUCUACUUCCUUUCUUCCCCUUCCCUCUUCACAGAGUGAUUAUGUUGACAAAUAAUGUAUAAUUGCGCGUUCUCUUCACUGGUUUAUCUGCAGAAAUUUCUCUGGGCUUUUUUUCAGUGUAUGAUUUAACACUGCCUUAAAGGGGGAUAUUCCAUUGAAUAAAAGAGCAGUGUGGUUUUCUGGGUCUGAUUUUUUUUUUCUUUUUCUUUUUCUCUUGAACCCCUUCCACCACCAGCAGCAGCCCGUUACCUUAGCUCAUGUUGAGCACCUGGCCCCAUCCUCUCUCCUCCCUGGGGAGGGGGCUGUGGGACAGUCAUUAAGGAAGCCUGCCACCUGCCUCCCUGUGUUGUGGCCGCGGUGGUGGAAGCUGAGUGUGUGGGCAGCUCCACCGUCUCCCCCUUGUUCACUAGUUGAUAUAGCUGAGGACCAGGUUAACCCCUCCCUGGUCACCCCGUACUACCGCCUGGUGUCCGUCCUUUUGAAAGCCUUCCCCUGGCCCUGGACCUCCACUUUUGAUGAGCUCCAGUUGUGAUUUGUGCCUGGAAGCUGCCGCUUACUGAGGCCCUGGGCCUGGGGAGCCUCGACACUAAAGGUCAGGGCAACUAAUCCUGCCCGUCGGCACAGAGCAACUAAAAUUAAAACCGCCAAGUGGCUUUUUCUUUCUCUGCUGGUGACUUGCCGCCUGCCAAUGCUGCAGGCUUGGGGGAGUGGUAGGGCAAGAUAAAGUACCCCACCUUGUGCUUCGUAAGCACUUCUUUGCAAAGGGCCUUAGGCUGUUUUGUUCAUUCAUGUCUGGGCCAGUGGACAGUACCCGUUGUGGCACCAGAAAAAUCCACUCCACGCAGUGGUGAGGUGUUGCCCAGCUCUGGCUAUUGUUGCUGGGUGGUAUGGCCUCUGGGGAGAGAGCUGUCUUAGCAACCCUUCUUCCCCCGCUGCCUUUACUUCCUUC